AUGGCAACAGGUGUCAGCAUCAAUCCCGCCCCAAUUGGGGCUUCUGCGGCGCUCUAUCCCGGCCCUCCACCUCAUCAGCCUUACCCGACAUCGGUUAUGUCAAUGACUCCACGACCACCCGGCCACCUUAAUCCUCCACAUGCUCUACGCAGGUCUAUGGAUUUAGACCAAGAUCCAUCACCAGUGCAACCGCCUAGACAGUCGCUGCCGUCAAUACACGAAGCGCUCGGCAAUGACAACCCCCUUCCAUAUUCUGGCCCUUCCUCCUCCGGCCCCCCAUCACACCCCCAUCCUCUUUCUCGUCCCGGUACUGAAGGUCCAGCCGGUCCACCAAAUCCUUUUUCUAAUCCUAAUACAUAUCUGCGCGAACCGCAAUACUCUUCGCAACAAGGUUCAACAGCCGCGGCGGACCAACCACGGGUCAGCAGGGUCUCGCUAACAUCAACACAAGACUCUCGAAAACCGUCUAUGCAGUCAGUGUCCGGGAAAUCUCCCACCAGUAGUUCAAAGACUGCUCCGACAUCGAUCUCAACAACCCACAGUUCCAGCGCGUACGAGUAUAACCCAUCUGCCAGUGUCGUGGCUUCACCUACUAGCUAUGCAUCGUACCCACCUCAAGCUUACUCUUGGCAAUCACAGCCAUCAGCGUCCUACGAUAGUCACCAAUACGGUCAUUGGAAGCCUAAUGUAGAGGUGAUGCGAAAUGAUGAGAAAGGUGGAGUGCUAGGCAACCGCGCAGGUAUGCCAUUGCACAGCGAUUCAGUAAAGCGACAAUUUGAUUCCUACGAUGUAGAAUCUUCUUUGGCAGAGAUUAUUGAUGGAUCCACCAAAUCUCUCGAUUUUUCGAGACACUAUGCCACACUCGCCCAUCAAAACCAACGUUCGGGGCCUAUUCUAGGCACUUUGCCGUCUGUCCAUGAACUUGACGAUGUAAUUCAACAACACCAACGGACCCAUGAGGCUUUCAUGCGAAUCCGCAAUGCCGUGUUGAGCCAGGAACACGCCCUGGCCGAACAGAGGGUGCAACAACGGAAUAACAAGGUUGAAAAUGGGUAUGAUGAUGAGCGCUCAGGGCUGUAUCAAGAUGGAUUUAAAAGCCCCAGUGGAUUUACGGCGGGUGAUGCGAAGAAAAGGCGAGGUAAAGCGGCUCCUCCAGGACGAUGCCAUAGUUGCAAUCGCGCUGAAACUCCUGAAUGGCGCCGGGGUCCGGAUGGUGCUCGUACCUUGUGCAACGCAUGUGGUCUUCAUUAUGCUAAGCUAACCCGGAAGCUGGGAGGAGCAAACAAGGCCACCGCUCUGGGGUCAACUAUCAAACCAAAAGGCAUUGAUUCAACAUCCCCUGCACAUCAAUAG